GCCCUUCCGGCCGUCGCUAUGGUAGCGAGCGGGGGGGAGGCUGCGGCGUCGCGGAGGCCGUGGUGAGAGGUGGCUUUGAUUUUGCAAGCCGCAAAGGCUGAAGUGACAAAACCUGGACAAACAACAGAAGAUGUCAUCGUAUUUGGCUCAGGAAGUUCAUCUGGCUAGGAGACACGAGGAGAUACUGUCUCAGAGAUCAGCGCUGCUACAGCAGAUGGAGACUUAUCUAGGAGACAAAAAGACUAAAAAGACAUGGCAAACUCAAGCAGCUGAUGCAGCUCGUAGAAGGAAUGCAGCACUUUUAAAUGACAUAGAAGCAGCAGAAAAAAAGCUGCAAGAAAGAAUGUAUUUACUUCCACAUCCUGAUACUGUUAAGCUAGAAACUCUCUAUUGGGCUUCAGUAAAAGAAUCUCUUCCCAAUUGGGAAGAGUUUCUUUUAGGAAGAGCAGAAUAUCCCAUUGGUAUUAAGAAACUGAAAACUACAAAACAGAACAUAAGCUACCCAGAAGAAGAUUCACAAAAACAAAUACUCUGAUUUUGCUUAUAACUCUGGUUUGAGCAGACAAUAUCAUCCGGGUUAUAGAAUGUAAUAUUAUGCCAUUAAAUGGUAAUGUAAAUCAUUUGAAAUGAAAAUGAACUGUAUUGGAUAAUUUGUUUCCAUUGUCUCAGUAUGUAAAACUUGAGUUUGAAUGGUGGCAUCUGCUUUUGGAGAGCUUAGACUAGAAUUUCUCACAGUGAGAGAAGCAGUGCUGCCUAAAGGGGCUUUUGGGAUCAAAAGUCAAAUCACCCACCAAGGUGAUCACUACUUCAGUAUAAGAAGAGCCUUAGGUUAUUUGCAAUCCUCUGCUUUUCUGUAUAAAUGUGAUAACUAAAGAUAGGUUCAUACAUAAUCUUUCUACACUGUAUUCGUCUGUGUUGCAUGCAUCUCUGUGGAUGAGGGAGAAGGGAAGAAUUUGCCAUUAGUGGAAAAGACAGGGUCUUUGCAUCAGUCUUGGUUCAGCAGCAGUAAUCUGAGUAAAAACCUUCAUGAUAUACAAACAAAUCUGUAGGAACUUUCUGCUACUCCUAGGCUUAGUGCUGUUUUCUUUAUGGUGGCAUCCUGUAUGUGAGGUCUUUAACUUAAGCAUGAGGAGUUUGAUAGGAGCAAGCAGGAAGGUCGCCUGCAGCAGCUGUCAUACAACCAAGCACAUAGAAGCUGCAGAGAUAAUAGCUUCUUUCUCAGUCACUGAACUAUUCCUCCACGUUUUCUUACAUGUUUCAUUGGAGAAGCCUUCUAGACUUAUGACUUGGCCUGAAGAAAUUUCACCCUUCCUAAGUGAAGGAUGCUUUUAAAGAAAGAAAGGAAGGGAGAACCUGGGCUGGAGUCAAUAUAUUGUUAGCAUCUAAUCUUAUAUGCUACAACAUUCAUCAGCCCUCUGAUCUGGAACAGGAAUAAAGUUGACUUCUGCCAGUGCCUGAGGGUUUGGAGAAAUUGUAAUUACUAAUUUUUGCUGGUCUAUUAAUGAACUGAUCUAUGCAUCACCACGUUACUUAAAGAUACAAAUUAUUUUUUGUGCUAGAGUAGGGAAGUACUUUUAUUGAAACUCAGAUAUUUUCUAGCAAUGUUAUUGAUAAAUAUCUGAUUUGGCUCAGACCUAUGGGCUGAAGAGCACAUGUUCUUUUCAUUAAACGUAGCACAGAUAUUCACAGGUUGAUGAGCUGAUGGUGGGGAGUUUGUGGUUCAGUCUGAACUAGAGAAUGGACUUCUAGCUGGGAACUCCAGGAAGCCUGGGUGAACUUGAAGGACCAACAUCUGUGAGCGCUCCUUCCUGAAAUUAGGUACUCAAUUUUGUCUGGAUUUAAAUUAGCCAAAGUAUAAUUUAUACACAGGAAAAAAAAAAAAGAUUAAAAGUUCAAUUUUGAAAAUGUUGUAUAUUUUCAAUGGGAAUGCUAGGAGUUCAUUUAAAACUUUUUCUUUUAAAGUGUCCAUUAAACUGAUAAGUUUUUACAGAAACUGCCAUCUUAGAAAUAUCCUGUUGAGUGGGUGUUGGUGUUUGUAACAAUAACGUUGUUUUCAUAAUAUGUGAUGGCAGAUUAGCACGCUUCUCUGCAGUGUUGUUAACAGUUGUAAUUAAGGAAUAAACAGUAAAGGGUGUCAGUCCGAUGACAAUUUCAUCUAUAGUGUCACAAUACAAAAUGUCACAAAAUAUUAGAACUGUUAUAUAACUACAAAAAUAUCAAAUUAGGCUUUCAUCUUACUAGCAGAGAGCUUAAAAAAACCUGGCAGAGAGACCAUUGCAAUUUUAUACCUACUCAGUGUUCUGUCACAAAGACAACUUGGUAAUAUUUUCUUCUGUGAGAUCGCAACGUGGUUCUCAGUCUGAUUUAGUGGGAAUGUGUACGGAUCUUAGAAUCAUUGAGCUCCAAUUUAAAAAAGCAAAUAAUUGGAACCAGUUGAACACACAAGAAGGGAAGAGCUAUUACAUGCAAUGCCCUUCUCCCAGAAAAGGGAUGGGCGAGCUGUUGCUAACAAAGACUAAGACUCAUCCUGGUCUUUGCAUCGAAAGGGAAAUCACUUAAACUAAAAUCUGGGCCCCUAAGUACUUUAUGCCUGUGAAUAAUCUGGGUCUUUAUCUCUUUGGACUCCACCUUAACACUGGGACACAAUGCAGAUGCUCACCAUUUCCUUGCUGCUUUUGAUUUCUCCUGGAAGGAAGGCUGAGUGUGUACUGUGAGGGCAUAGCAGCUGAAGAGAAAAGGGUUCUGUGCCACUGUUUAACUGCUGUAAAAAUAAAGACAAAAACAAUUCCCUUGGUAACAAAUAUAGUUUGAACUGUCAGGUAUUAUUAGAUACUAUAUUAGAUACUUGGAUGCUGUCUUUCUGAUUUUUUUUCCCUCUUAUAUUGGGCUAAGAGGUGAAGAUUAAUAUUUGUUUUCUUUUCAGAGAAGGAGAUUACAUUUUUUUCUGUGCUAUAGCUUCAGGAGCAACAGGACAGCUAGCAGAAUGUUAUAUAGGAACAGGUCCAGAAAAUUGAUUAAAAUAAAAAUAGAGAGGAAACUUUUAAAGUAGGAAUGUAUAUAGGCAUCUUCUCUGGCUGACAGGGGCCUUUUUGUUGGCCUGUGGUCUGGAAGGCAGAAAUGCAGUUGCAUAAUGAGUAAAACAGCAGAGCAGUAGACACUAGGGUAGAAGCCAAGCGUGUCCUGAGCUUGGGGCAAGCAGUGGCAGAGUACAUGAUUUUAUGGUAUCUCUUGUUAUACCUGGCACCAUUUCUAUAUGGCUGAGCUGGCUUGCCACCUGCCUUUGUGUAGAUCCACAUUUGAGAAAGCACCUCUGUAAUAGCUUAAGUGUAUUUAAGUAAAAACCAAAACGAACAAACUGUAAACUGAUUUAUACUGCCAUGAUUUAAUACUGGCAUUAAAUGAGAUCUUGAAUGAGUAUUCUUCUCUGUCUCAAGGCUGAUGCUUCAAGAAGAUGAAUUCAGUGUAGUCAUCCCACUGUCUUAUCCCAGGCUUUUUACCCGUUCUAGGGUAAAUGGCUUUUUUUAUUCUGAAAGUAACCUGUUACUCUGCAUUCUUGACUUGCUGCUUGCCCCUUUGUGCUAAAGCAUAUGUAUGCAUAAGCUGCAGUGGUCCUGCUUCUUGCUGCUUCUGCUUUCCCGAUGGGUCAGAGAAUGCGAGGGAGAGAAAAGCAGUAAAGGAAACAAAUGGUUUUGCCUGUUUGUAAGUUAAUGAUUAAGAAUCUUAUAGGAAGAAAUAAUUUAUCAGCCUUCUUGGGUUUGUGCAUGGAUGAGUAAACGCAGGACUAGCCUAGGAGCACAGCCUGCUCACCCAUCUUGUCACCUCUACCCUCACAUUCCCAAGGAUUUUGUCUCAGUUAUUCUGGCAGUGGGGGCAGUAGGAGAAGGCAUGUUAGUUUUCCCUGGGAUGGGAAGUUUCUUACUCCACAGAGUCCUUCUCAAGCUUAUUGGUUUCAUGUGAGAGUAUAUAUGAGAUAACAGAAGGGCUUGGAUACUUUGACACUGUGGUGUCCUCUCGGUUGUAUUUUGUCGGGGUCAUGUUUUCAUAGAAGUUGGGAGCUAGGCUCUAGGCAGAGCUUAUAGUUCCUCCUCUCUAUUUCAUUCACAUUGUGCAGUCAGGGUUAUAGGUGCUGAGUUUGAGCUUGCUGAUAGUGAAAAAUAAGGGGAAAAAAAUGGAAUGUAGUUUUAGAGGGUUAUGUCUGAAAGAAAACAUUAUUUACUCCAUAAUGCUAAGUUUCAUAAUAUUUUAAUAGUUGUGUUCAGAUACAACUUGACCUUAAAUAUCACCCCAAAUGCAAGCUGUUUUAACAUAUUUGUAAUGCUCAGAUCGUCAUUACUGUAAUAUUCUGUUUGCUCAAGGAUUAUAAUCCAGUGAUACGAUAUGAUACAGUUUAAAUAAAGCUUUGAUCUUGGUGGA